ACAUGCUGCCAUGCGUAAACCUUUGUCCUAGUAUUUGUUCGUUGUCGGAUGUCACCAUUUCACAACAAUCUCAUGACUUUCGGUGUGAAAAACGGAAAUAUCCGAAGAUUUCCGAGUGUUGCAAAGUUUUCCUAAUGCAUGUCAAAAUACCGGUUUUCAAUCAGCGUUUCAUGUCUGAACCGGUAAAUACCGGUAAACCGGUUGUAAUUAUAUUGCACAGUUUUAAGAACUUGGUGACUAUAUCCCACUGUCGGACACAAGGUGGAGUCUAGCCCAUAUCCCCCGCUACAGCAGCGUUAGGCGCGUAUUGGUAUAGUGCGAUGAAAAAUCUCACGGCCCGAUUCUGUAUGGCAUUCUCGGCAGGUAUAGCAUAUGGACCCAGAUUGCUGCUCCAUAGGAUAUCGUGGACCAAACCAUACUAGUUUGUUUUCAGACAUGUUUAAAAUUUGUAUGUUUCUCUUUUUUGCGAACUGCCUUUGCGGUGGAUAGAGUUUCGAAUUCUGCAGGAAAGGUUGGAUUCAGAGUCCCGUCUUAUCAAAAGACGUUUCUGUUCCUGGCGCACAGCAUUAAAGUGUUUAAAGACGGGCCGGUCGUCUCGGCGUCAGAACACUGAGAAGGAAAUCCAUGUUAAACUCCAGAAUGAUUCAUCCACAGGUGAUACUGCAGGAGUGUACAGGAAGAGAUCCCGGACGUAAUGAGGUGGCCCACAAAGCAGGAAGUAGUGUGCGGUGCGGUCAUAUUGUCAUCAUGUUUAAUACUGGGAGUCAUGGUAACGGGGGUGAGGGUCACGGAACUCCACAGACUGCUGCCAGGACCUGCGAAGGACUUACAAUCAAAUGUUCCUGUAGAAGACCACACUCUUCUGGACAGCGCAACGAUAGACACAAUGCAGGAGGAGAUUUCCAAGGAUGUUCUUCUGAACGACUUCAAGACGAAACUUAAAGAUCUUCAGACUGCGGGAUUAUGGAAAGCCAACCCGCCUGUGCAGCCAUGCAGCCGGACUGGAGGAUCCUUACCGUGCAACGACACUGCGUGCAGCAGGAGGCCCUACCAAGAGUAUGAGGCCAGGUUACACAGUGUCCUGAAGCCUGUAGAACGUGUGAACACAACCCUGAGGGAUCACAUUAUGGACUUGAUGAAGGUGAAGACUCCUGUCAGGCGGGUUGUCAUAGCAACAGGAGCGUCGUCCGAUCACUUCCUUGAAUCUCAGGGCCUUGUUCGAAGCCUACAUCAGAACGUGUUUCCUGAACUGAACAACUACACCUUUGUGUACUACGACCUUGGCCUAAAGCCAGAGCAGAUUGAACAGCUGAAGAAACACUGCCAAUGUGAAGUACGACGGUAUCCUGUUGAGAAGAUGCCAACCAUACACAAGACGCUCCGAUGUUACACAUGGAAACCAUUCAUAAUUCAGGCAAAUAUUCACUUUGCUGACAUUUUAAUUUGGGCCGAUGCAUCUAUACGAUUUUCAAAGUCGAUUAUUGGACCCCUUCUCAAAGACGUGAACAUAAAGGGCGCCAUCAUGGGAUUGGACUCACCAGUAUACUCUGUGGCCGAUCAUGUGCAGAAAACUACCUUCGACCAUUUCGGUGAACAGACAUGUGCUUUCGCUCAAGUUGGCGAGAUGGCGGCAACGUUUCUAGCCUUUAAAAACGAACGUUUGGUCAGACAGGCCAUACUCAAGCCUUGGAUAGCGUGUGCCUUAGAUUCCAAAUGCAUGUGUCCUUCCAACCCAGAGAAACUUAUAGUGUGUCAUACGAACAUUAGAAAAUAUAACAAGUGUCACAGGUUUGAUCAAGCUGCUUUGAAUAUAAUUCUAGCGAAAUUGUUCUGGGGCAAUGGGCGGUCAUUUACACCAUCCAGAAAAUACUUUGACAUACGGAAAGAGGAUAGAGUGCACUAUUUUGAUAAGUUAGGAAAAUGAUGUUCGGAAAAGGUUUUUGUGUUUGAAAUAGUAGUUAUUUGUAUGCAAUACACAGGCAUCGUUUCGGUGGGAGGCCAGUGUUGAACGCCCAUGAUCCUGGUAGAAGACAGUGGACAAAUACCACGAUUUUCGUUGUGAAAACGGUACAAUAUGAGAUACUGUAUGGUGUUAUAGCGGGACAAUAUGAGAGAAACGAUACUGUAUGGUGUUAUAGCGGGACAAUAUGAGAGAAACGAUACUGUAUGUAAACGGAGACUUUGUACUAAUAUGUCAAAAACUCAAAUUGUGCACUUCAGACCUCCAUCUACAAAGCAAUGUGAAUAUAAGUUUCACAUUGGAGAAGAUCAACUGGAAUAUACUGGCUCCUACAGAUAUCUAGGUCUAUUGUUUACAGAAUACUGUGAUUUACGUUAUGUAGUGAAACAACUCAUCAAGUCUGCAUCGUGAGCUGUGGGGUAUGUGAUGGACAAGUUCUACUGAGUGUUCACCCAGCGGUGCGACCAUAUUGGUUAUCCUGUGCUGAGUUACUGCUCUGGAAUCUGGGGUGUCAACAAGUACAUGAAAAUGUGUGUGAUUCAAAAUAGUGUUUCUGGGAGUCAGCAAGAAUUCAGCUAAUCCGGCAGUGCGAGGCGACAUGGGGUGGCCCAGUACAGAGUCCACAUUGAGGUAGCUCAUUUGUGGUGCAGGCUUCAGUGGAUGGAACCCAAAUAGGCUCAAUAAUGCUAUUCACCAGUGGUCUAAAACUGGAGGGAAAUCCUGGGAAAGGAAGGAGUGAAAAUAUUAGAGGAACUUAACCUAAUGGAUGUGCUCACUACUAUCAACGCGGAACAUAUUCUGGGUCAUCAACAAUAUUAGAGAAAAUCUGUCAAAUGAGCAUUCGAAAAAGCUAGUGGCCUGCUAGCUAAAUACCAGUUGAUUGUGAAUCGGGCCAGUAAUAUAUUGUUAAAGCUAUCCCCACUGGCUAGCUGAAAAUCUCAGAUAGUGUGUUCUUUGUUAAUGCGCAUGAAUAUUAUGAAGUCAGUUUUUAAAGUGUUAAAAGUC